GCCAGACCGGCAAAACAGCUGUGCGCGCGAGCAGAACAGCAACAAUACGAAAGUAAAAUAAUAGAAAAAAAAAAAUAAAAAAAAGUAACUUAGCAGCUGCAGUCAUAGCGAAUGCAGUUACUAUAUAUAUAAUCGGCGGGCAUAUAGCAAGACGGCAUCGAUCGAUCGUGCGCUAAUCGUGGACACAGAGAGCGGCGACAACAAUUUGGCAACAAUUUGGCAACAAUUUGGCAAGAUGAGCAGUCAGCAGAGGACGGUGAUUAUUUUCAAAACGGAAUCGGAAAGCACGGAUGUGUAUGCGGAGACCUUGCUGGGGCACAAUUUUCAGCCGCUGUUCGUGCCGACACUGAGCUUCGGCUAUAAGAAUCUUGAACAGCUGCGCAACAAACUCCGGACGCCGGAUAAAUAUGCUGGCAUCAUAUUUACAAGUCCGCGUUGCGUUGAGGCCGUUGGCGAGGCUCUGCAGCUGGGCGAGCUGCCCGGCGGUUGGAAGCUAUUGCAUAACUAUGCUGUGGGCGAGGUUACGCACAAUCUGGCUAUGAGCAUGCUGCAGCAGCUGUUUACGCACGGCAAGCAAACGGGCAAUGCCCGAAAUCUGGCUGAUUUUAUUGUGGACACAUUUGAUGGAUCUCGAAAUUUGCCGCUGCUGUUGCCGUGCGGUAAUCUGGCAACGGAUACGCUGCUCUCCAAACUGGUCGAGAACGGUUUCUGUGUGGAUGCCUGUGAGGUGUACGAGACCAAAUGCAAUCCACAGCUGGCCGAGUGCAUGGAGCGUGCCCUGAAAGCUGAAAAUAUUGAGUUUCUAGCAUUCUUCUCACCGUCCGGCGUGAAUUGUGCGUAUGAGUACUUUAAGGCGCACAACAUUGUGCCGGAUCAAUGGAAACUGGUGGCCAUUGGGCCGAGCACGCGGCGUGCUCUAGAAUCGCUGGGACUGAAGGUCUUUUGCACCGCCGAGCGGCCGACGGUGGAGCAUCUGGUGAAGGUGCUGCUCAAUCCGCAGGAGAGUCGGGAGCGUUUGGUGCGUGAACGCAUGGAUUUAGCAUAAAUUUGUGGGCACAUUUAGACGUGUUAAGUGUGUUUUAGUUAUUCUUGUUCUGUUGCUUUCUUAUAUUUUUUUGACAAACAAACAAGCUAUAUUGACUAUUUCUAUCUAUUUCUAUGUGACCUCCAUGAGUACAAAAUUAGUGAGCCCAGCAUUA